AUGCCAGCAGGAGCGCCGGCGCGCGGGACGUUUCCAGAACGUGGCGAAAGUGAGGCCGCUCCAUACACGGAAGACUUGAACCUUUCCGUGGAUGUCGGUCAGACGCCGUGCGAAACCUUCGGCGAACCGUUCCCUGCUCACUUUGCUUCCCUGCGCGAGCAAAUGCCCGCUGGAAACUCCCCUCCAGGCCGUGCGCUCUCGCAGCUUCGCCAGGAGAUGGAGCAGUUCGAGGGAGAAACGCGGAACUCAAGCAUCCCCGGGCAAAUGCGCCCGGGGGACCAGGGGGAAAACGAAACGACCGCACCGGCGGGACCAGCCAGAACACCGCCCGUCGACAAACGCGGCGCAGAGGCUACCAUCUACCGCCUUACUGUUCAGAGAAUCGUCGAUUUCGUCAACAUCUACUACUCAGUCAAGGUCUCAGUCGCUCCGUCUUUGGGUUCGAAAGACGCGAAAGCUGCUGCAGGGAGAGACGGCGAGAAAGGCGCAGAGGGGUCCUCGUUCGCCUCUCCGUCCGCGUCCUCGCCGGACAGCACUCCGAGAAGUUCGUCUGCCGCGCCACAGAACGGGAAGCCGCCGUGUGCCUGCCGCUGCGCAUGCUGCUCGAACAGCUCCGGCGCCGAGGGCGGGUUUGGACUGUCUCACGCGCACGCGCGGCAGAAAGGAGGCUCGAAACCUGUUGAGGUACCUCAGGAAGGCAUCGACGUACUGAAGGAAAUCGCGCGCACUGGGCAGUGCCGCUACCCGUGGAGCAUCGUCAAGAUGGUCAUCGCAGCGAAGAUGGAACACCUUUUCACGGACUUGGCCGAGAGCAGAGUGAAGCGGCGACUUGCCUUCGACUGGACGACUGCGAGGAAUCUCUGCUGCUACCAAGUCAUGCAACUCCGCAGACCCCCGGUGACUGUGCAGCGCCUCUGCGAAGUGCUUCUGCGACCAAUGUGUGCAAACACGGAAAAACUCUUCUUUGCGAUUCGAAAGCUUCUGCUCGUGCGAGGGUGCCUGUAUGAGCCGGUGGAGAUUCCCGCCUUCGUUCAACUGUCCUCCAUUCCCGGGCUUCGCUACGCAGAAAUGAAAGCGUCCGAUCUCGCAGCGCCGUCGUUCUGGGUGCGUAAUCCGCGGAUAGGUCUGUAUGCUCGGCGAGCGUGCGAGGGCGCUCGCGCGGCGAGUUCAGCGAGCGGGUGCCUGCGCGGCAACACGCCGAGCCACGAGGACGGCGCGAGUGCCGGGGACGCACUUGAGGCUUCGGGGCAUCGCCUGCCUGGCCGUUCAGACGCGCGAGUGGAGGGCGACGCAGCGCUCGACUCGAAGAACGCGACUGCGUGCUGUAGCUCCUGUUGCUGCUGUCGCGACUGGAUGGCGGACAUCGACGACGGCGAGCGGCCGUCGCCUUCGCGCGACGAGGCGAGGAGACCCUCGGAGAGGCCGAGCGACGGCGAGGGGAGUUCCUGGGAGCGGGGAGUCGAGGCGCUCUCGAACGUGCGUCGAGGGUCCAAAGACAGCGAACCUCACGAGGAGUCGGCGGACCCGUCGUCGCCCUCGUUUUCCCUGCAGGCGCAGACAGAGCAGUGCGAGGCCGAGGAAGGAGACAGAGAAGACGGAGACGAGAGAGCAGAGAGGAGUGGAGAGGAAGAGAUGGACGGAGAAGACGGUGGAGGCGAUGAACCUGCCAGGGGAAAUGCGGGCGCUGGGAGCGAAGGGCGCUCAGAUGCGAUCUGGACUCCGUCUGCCGAGGCGGCGCGGAGUCCGGAGACGCAGCUUUCGCUCGCCUCGGAGCGCCAAGGCGACGAGACGUCUUCGGUUCGAGGACCUGACGCGCAGGCAGCCUCGGAAGAGAGUGAGGAGGAGGGAGGCGCUGCGCGCGAAGAGACAGUGGGAGCGGAGUCGGAGGCCUCGGGAGAAGCAGAGACUCCGUGGGGCACGAAGAAACGAGACAGCUCUCUCGCCUUGGGCUCGGGUUCCCCUCAAGAAGCGCGCGACUACGAGAAGGGAAAGGAGAGCGGCAGCCAUUUGGAAGAAAACGCGUCGUCGGGAGGCGCAGAAGGGGGGGAAGGCCGAAACGAAGGCAAGGCGAAGAAGCAGAAGCUGAUUGAUGACGGAACUUGCGAAGACGCGGCGCAAGCGCUGUCUCACGUGAGCAUCAGAGACACCGUCUCUUCUCUCGCGGAGGGUUCAGUGGAGGGAGACCAUCCAGUUCCAUCGCGGGCAGAGGGAGAGAGCGAGUCCGACGCGCGCGAGGCGCCUGGAGCCGAGACUUUCGGCGAGGUGACUGUGGACGGAGAGGAUGGAUCUGCGUCGAGUUCCCUGUUGGAGAAGAAGAUGGCAGACGGCGCGUGCAUCUAUUCUUCGGACGCGGCAUACGCGGGAGGGGCUGUGGAAAGCCUAGUCAAGGAGACUGGAGAGACUCUUCUCAAGCUGUCUCCUGAGUAG